AUGGACAAUUUUCCAUACUCAAACCCUAACCCUAAUGAUGCAGAUAUUUAUAGCUCCAAUUUUAUCGAUACACCGGAAAAUUUCGAGCUCUCGGAUUAUCUCUUUCCUGAAGAUGGAUCCGGUGAUGAUUUUUUGUCACAAAAUGAAUUUGUUCAAAGUGUUUCCAGCAGUGGAUCAUAUUCCAAUAAUCUCACUCCAACGACUCAUAACAUGCAAAAAUGUACAAAAGGUGUAAUAAAGAAGUACAACAAGGUGGAUGCAAAGUCUAGGGUUGUAUUUAGAUUUAAAUCAGAGAAGGAGGUGUUGGAUGAUGGAUUUAAAUGGAGGAAAUAUGGCAAGAAGAUGGUCAAGAAUCGUCCAAAUCCAAGAGUUGUCGCAGUUGGACCACCUUAA